UAUGGAGUGUCGAAAUAAAACUGGAGUUCCAGCCCGGAAGCUAAUCCAAGCUCGGCUGCCCUUCAAGCGCUUGAACCCCAUACCAAAGGAGAAGCACGAUGCAGACCCCGAAGUGAAGAAAGCCAGGAGCGUGCCGCACGUCCUCAAUCAAAACACACCCCACCCCGCCUCACCGCACCCAUUGUCGGACAAUGUGGAAAACAGUUGUGAGGAAGAAUCGGAAUCCCACGUUGCAAAACUGGUUAACGGCAAGGGCCCUCUGGAUAACUUUGUGCAGAAAAGUAAAAGAAAGGAGGCGAGUCCGUCUCGGCUCUUCAUAGACCUGACGGACGACCCUCCUCACAGGCCGAAUGAUAACACGGGUGGCACCAAGCCCAACGUCAGAGUAGCAUCUUUGGGGGAAACCCCGAAGGAGAAAGGAGGCCAGGCUGGUUCCCCAAAUUCCUCUUGUGACACCCAGGGAGAUCCUUGUUUAGAAACUGGCUUAGACGUAACAGAUAAGGAACUUCCAAGUACGGGGUCCGCUGGGAACGAAACCAGUGUUUGCAAGGAGGACAAACCUCCGAAUGUCAUAUUUGAACGGAAAAUGCCGGUCGUGGUUCUGGAGGACAUCUUGGCCACCAGAUCUCCUCAAGCUGCAGCUUUGGAAAGGAGCGUGACGUCUGAAAACGAAACCAUGGAGUCUUGUCCGGAAGAGGAGGACACGCCAUCUACAAAUUCUUCCUCAAGUUCUCUCUCCCUCACCAGCUCUCCUGAGGCGACCAAGGAGCACGACGUCACUCCGAUAGCUGCUUCAACGCCGAUUUGGAAGGCUUCUCCAAAAGUCCAUCGAAGUUCAGAGGAGAAGGAGAAACUCAAGCUACAGAGGGACCAAGAACGUACAGAAAAACUUCAGAAGCUGCAAGCUGAGCAGGAGGAGAAGAGGCAACUGAAAAAGGAAGCCAAGGCUGCCAAAGAACGUGCCCGCGAGGAGGCGAAGAGGAAGAAAGAAGAAGAGAAGGAGCUGAAGGACAAAGAAAGGAGAGAGAAAAAGGAGAAAGACGAAAAGGAGAAAGCUGAAAAACAACGAGCAAAAGAAGAAAAACGGAAAGAGAGACAGGAAGCCCUGGA